UAAUAUUACAGAUAAACAAUGCCUGAAAAAAAGAGUCUUCUAGAAGUGCCUCCAGAGCUCGUCUUCAGUGGUCCAUUCGAUCACGUGAUCACUACUUACAUGACGCUCACAAAUAUAUCACAAAGCCCAGUGUGUUUUCUAGUAAAAACAACGGUUCCAAAUAGUUAUUGUGUUCGUCCAAACAGAGGAAUUCUAAACAUUGGGGACUCGAAACAAAUUGAAGUGAUGCUCCAACCUUUGGAAAAAGUUCCACCUGAUGCUAAGCAGCACAAGUUUCUGGUUCAAUCGUGCGUCGCGCCUUCCAUUGAUGUUUCUGAUUUGGAAUCAGUUUGGAAAAAUGUCAAACCAGACGAGCUUACCUACAAUAGGCUUGUGGUUACUUUCGUUGACAAUACAGAUUCAAAAUCAAACAUCGAGUGCGAAAUAUGUACCUUGGAGUUUUCAAGUGUUGUUGAUAACCAGAUUCCUAGGAUUCUUCAGUGUGGCCACUCAAUUUGUCAAAGCUGUGCAUCAAAGCUGGCCAAAAACUGUGUUAUCUUAUGUCCAUUUUGCCGGAAUGAAACCAAUGUGAGCAGUGUGGCAAGUCUUCCCAAAAACUUUGCAUUACUGCAAGCAAUUGAUCAGAAAACUUUACGAGUUCCACCGUUGGAAAUCGCAAAGUUAAGACAACAACUGAGCUGCCAGCUCUCAAAAUUGGAGGAGCAAGUUAGUAAAACUGACAAGAGUAUUAAAGCUGUUGGCAGAGCCCAACUCUCAAAUUUGAAGGAUGGGAGGGAAUUUCAAGAGAGAAAGGAUUCGAUAGUCUCCUACUAUGCUUCAAUACGAGAAACUAUAAAUGCUUUGGAAAACGAGGCGAUCGGAAAAUUACACACCAUCGCAGACAUGAACGUUUCAAAGAAUGCGUUGCUUGUGGCAGAACUAUCAGAAAUCCUUAAACAUCAGAAUUUAAAAAUUGCCGAGUUGAAGUUGUCGAUGGAAAUGGACGACGUAGAGCUUGCGACAAGAUCCUUAACCGAUUCGGGAACGGAAUGUGCAGUUGUAAAACCUGCCGUUUUAGAUGUUGCACUCACUUUUCCGGAGAUAGACAAAAUGGCUUUACUUUCCAUGACAACAAAAUUCCCUUCCAAUUUCAGCACCGUGUAGAAAAUCCAGCUUGCUGUUUGGGUUGAUCUUUGUCUGCAAUCACGUGGCGCAAUAUUUAUGUAUGUAUGUAUAAUACAAUACAACUAAUUAUAAAAUGCAUUUUUUCUUUGCUGUGACCAAAUUAGUUCUAAAAUCUUUUUCCCGGCCCUUUCAUAGUCUUUUAAACCCCCAGUAAUCUACAAAACAUAUAAAAAAUAUUUUUUUAAAGGAACAUAGUAGAUAACUUUUUUUGAUGCACUUAAAAAAAUCUCCCAAUAUUGAUUUUUUUUUAAUUUUAAAUUUCGUCAAAACUUUUUGAUUUAAUACUGAAUUUCUUUGAAUUCUUUUUGGUUUUUCUAAUCAUAUUGCACACUUUUAGCACAAUUUCUGUGAGUAAUUUGUUGCAAGUACGUUAAAUAAACUAUUUUGACUUUU